AUGAAUCUACAAUGGCUACCCCAUUUCAAAAAGCGGGCUGUAAACAGUCUCUAUACCCUUGAACUCAUCCCUCAAACCCGCAGAGCCCGCCCAUUCUCCGCUUUAACAACCUACCCAUACCGAACCCUCGAUCCUCUCCCCGAUGCCCAAGUUGAUACCUUUCGCACACAAUGCUUUAACCCAGAACAACCGGGUCUACUUCCUCGAUCCGAAUUUAAGAAUCUGCCCGCGCUGAAGAACUGGUUUGAAAUACCCAGCUCUUCGAGUCCUGCGACCCGAUUGAACGUCGAAUACCUACAAACACAUGCCGCGGACGCGUUCGUACCCCUCGAACUUACCGAGGGCGUUACACGAGAUCUCAAUUCCACAGAUGCCAAAGGAUCAGAACAAGAUGCGACCGAGGGGAUAAGUUUUCGACAGCUUCAUGCGCCGUUGACUCUUUUCUUGGAUUGGAUGCGCAUGGCCGAGACAAUCCCACAGUCUAAACGGCUAUAUCUAGCACAAUGCCAGCUCCUUGAUCUUCCGUCCGUUUUACAGGAUGAUUUUCCCACACCGGAGAUUGUCGCUAAAUCUGGAAAGGGAGAUGUAUAUGACACAAAUGUGUGGAUUGGACAUCCGCCUACAUACACUCCGCUGCACCGAGAUCCUAAUCCUAAUCUGUUUGUGCAGCUGGCGGGACGGAAAGUGGUCCGUCUUUUAGCGCCCUCUGAGGGGCAGGCACUUUUCUCUGCUGUGCGGACAGAGUUGGGUAAAAGUAAGAGUCGAGAAGCUGCGGCUUUUCGAGGUGAAGAGAUGAUGCAGGGUAGAGAGCGGGCUCUGCUAGAUGAGAUGGUAUGGGGUUCAUCGGUCUCUAUGGAGUCAAGUGAGCCUCAUCAUGGCUUCGAGGCAUGCUUGGAGGCAGGCGAUGGCUUGUUUAUUCCUAAGGGGUGGUGGCAUAGUAUCAAGGGAGUUGGAGAAGGUGUUACUGCCUCGGUUAAUUGGUGGUUCCGAUAA